UCAAGAGUAUGCGUUUAGUUGAUGAUGUUGUCGGGGGUCAGAAACGAUACCGUUUAAAUUAAUAGAUGGGAACUAACCCCGUCUAAUUGACUUGGGAUCUUUCCCAAUUCACCGAAUGUGGUGGUUUGCAAAUGGUCCGCCAAAGGCUUCAUUUGCCUUAAGCUUUAUUUAUGCCAUAAGCAGUAUGGUAUCCUUGAGGUGUAGGAGGAAUGGAGACAGGCUUACCAAUUAUAUCAAGGCAAUAAUCUUAAUAAUCCCACACAGCCUCUACAAUGCCCCUAUAUCCGACUGAUAGCCAAGUCGACGAAUACCGUCAUUUUCGGCAUGCGAGAGGUCUCAUACAGAAAAAUCGAACGCCUUUGGAUACUGUGCAAUAUAUAUAUAAAGAUGCCAACACCCAAGAGAUUUACUCAUGUCUCAACGACUAUCUUUCAACAAACGCUUUUGCAGUUCAAUCGGCAGCCCAUUAUUACCACAUCACGUACAAUACAUCUAACUACUUUCAACGCGUAAAGCAAUCAUGUCGGACACCAGUGAAAGCUCUCACAUUGCCGUACAAGGCUCUGUGGUUUCCGAGUGAGUCGUCAGUUCCUCUUCUUGCUUUGCGUACUCGACUAUACCAGGCUUCGAGUUAUAAUGUCGCUGCUUGGUAUCUCUUUCUUUUCUACCAUUCGGCCGACUCUUUCUCUGAACUUUACCCUGGCGCACACUCUGCGCUUCACCUUAACCUCUUCGACCACUUUUGUGUAUCUUCUUAGUGUCCAGCUCUAACAUCUUCUUCCUUCCUCUAGCACAAACAACACUUCAGACCAUCCUUCAUACAAUACCUCCUCCGCCGAAGCCAAAGGCUUCUCUGCUCAUCGCAUUGAACGCUAUCUCGCCGAAAAUGAUUCUCCGGUUCCAUACGCCUCGCCGGCUCUCCAUGACGGCGGUAACUUGGAGAGGACCUCGGCUGCGGCGCACGGAAUGAACCUCAAAUUGCAGCAGUUUGAUGCAGAAUUCUAUGGUCAGGAGGGAGCUUAACACAACAACUGAAUGUUAAGGAUUGAAUGGACACCGCGCAUAAGCAUAUAAGAGUUGGAGGACGGCUACAAGAAGGACUUUCAGAAUGACUUAACUAGAAUGGACAAUUUAUCAUCAAUGCGACCAUGUCUUGAAUGAAACCUCGAAGCAGAGUGACACUGAUCAGCUGUCUUAUAUCACAACGUUCAAGAACGAUAGCUCUUUCGUAAUCAUUUAAAUUGACAAAGUGUGCAUAGAGGUAAGAAUCAGAAACAGAACGUUGUUUUUCGCCAUUACAGAAUUCUAUACACACAGUGGGAGAAUAGCUCCAUUGAAAUGUUAUUUGCAUCAGUGAAAUACCCAAGUCAAUGAAAUACUAGGCAGGUAAGUCUAACUUUGAAACCGCUCAAAUAAAACUGUAAAAUCUUCCAAAUUUUCCGAAUCAAUUGAAUCAUCUUAAACUAGAUGGGCCUUUUUUAAAAAAAAAUAGACAUUUAACUAUACUGAACCCUUUGAAAGACGACUUGCUCUGAAAAACUCCAAAUAGAUUGUCAAAUCACCCGAAAGGCUCCAAAAUAUUAACAAGUCGCCCCAAAUGCAAAACAUAGGAGUAUUUAGAAAUGAC